AUGCACCCGAAGGCUGAGAAGGCCGCCUCCGGCGUUCCGAUCAUUUCGGUCGAGUCGCCGCCAUCGGAGGCGACGACGGAGGCCCCGCCGAGUAACACCGAGCUUUCCUCCGACCGCGACGCCGCCGCCAUUCUCCUCCUGGCCGCCGCGUCUGCGGCUAGCGACACCGCCGAGGGCACCGGCACCACCGCUGCCGGUGAGAUCCCGGCCAAGGUGGCGCGCACGCGCGCUCGCAAGGCAGCGAGCGCGCGGACGUACCGCGUCAUCCAGAAGGGUUACCUCUUUGGCCUCGAGGACGAGCUGGCCACACUCACCCGCGCCGAGGCGGCGCUGGUGGGCGAGGCGGCGCGCGUCGGCGCGCAGGCGCCGCCGAGAGCCGAGCUCCCCUCCCCUGCGGCUGCUCCGACCGAGGAGGGCGACGGCCCAGAGCCGCCGAGCUGGAGGGACGACCCAGACUCAAAGCUGCUGAGCCGGCGGGAGAAGAAGAUGCUCGCAGCGAGGGAGGCGCGGCGGCGCAAGCGCGACUCGCUCGCGCGGCUCGAGGCAGAGGCGGAGCCGCUAGAUGCGGCAGGGGGUUGA